CCCACAUCUGGGAGGGAAUGCACACUGUACAUCUUUUUGUUACGUGUGUGCACAGUCCCUUGCACAACCCUGGCUCUUAGACGCUCCCCUCAGUACCGGUGUCAAGCAUGUGCGGAGCUGUGCACUGAAUCAGGUUGUGUGUGUGAGUGGGAGCCGAUGGGGUGUUGUGUGCGUGGCUACCAAGGGUCUGGGAAUCCUGUUGUGUGCGCGUGUGUGCGCCUCUCACACUUUGGCAUCUCGCCAUGCCCAUAAAGCAUUAGCGGGCUGAGUUAAAUGCACCCGGGGAAAGUAGCUAUUGACAGAUUCUCUCUUAACUUUGCAGAGGUUUGACACUGCUGAGGUAUCACAGCCCAAUUCUCCCCGAGGGAGGAGACAUCCGGGUUGCUAUGGGGAUGCUCUGAGAGGAAGUAAGUCCUAGUAACGUCCUGCCGGGUGUGAGGAGGGAGGACACAGGUGAAACGUACCAAUGGCUACAGAUUCCGGCGAGCCGGCCAGCACGGAGGAUCCGGAAAAACCUGAUGGAGUUUCUCUGGAGGGCAGGAUCCCAACCAUCGAAGCCGCUUUGAUCAUGGAACCCGCCGGCGCCCCGGCCUCCGGGGGCACCACGGAACGGAAGCGGUUCUUCCGCAAGAGCGUGGAGAUCAUGGAGGAGGACAGAACCGCUGAGCCAUCUCCCAGGGAUGAGCGGGAGCAGCUGGCCGCGGGCAGUCGCCGAGUGGACCAGCUCUCUGCCAGCAUGCUGGGGCAGGAGGCCCGGAAUGAGCUGGGUUCCAAGGCGAUUUCGGAGGCCUCCAAGGAGAAGACCAAGAAGGAGAUCGAAGAGGAGGCGGAGAUGAAAGCAGUGGCGACCUCGCCCAGCGGCCGCUUCCUGAAAUUCGAUAUCGAGUUGGGUCGAGGGGCCUUUAAAACCGUCUUCAAAGGGCUCGACACAGAGACGUGGGUCGAGGUAGCCUGGUGUGAACUGCAGGACAGGAAGCUAACCAAAGCUGAGCAGCAGAGGUUUAAGGAAGAAGCAGAGAUGCUAAAAGGCCUACAGCAUCCGAACAUCGUCCGGUUUUACGAUUCCUGGGAGUCCACGGUGAAGGGGAAGAAAUGCAUCGUGUUGGUCACUGAGCUGAUGACGUCUGGCACCUUAAAGACGUACUUAAAGCGAUUCAAAGUCAUGAAGCCGAAGGUCCUGAGGAGCUGGUGCCGACAGAUCUUGAAAGGGUUGCAGUUCCUCCACACCCGGACCCCGCCCAUCAUCCACCGGGACUUGAAAUGCGACAACAUCUUUAUCACGGGACCCACGGGUUCGGUGAAGAUCGGCGACCUGGGCCUGGCCACCUUGAUGCGCACAUCGUUUGCCAAGAGCGUCAUUGGCACCCCCGAGUUCAUGGCCCCGGAGAUGUAUGAAGAGCAUUACGACGAGUCGGUGGACGUGUAUGCUUUCGGGAUGUGCAUGCUGGAAAUGGCCACCUCCGAGUACCCCUACUCCGAGUGCCAGAACGCCGCCCAGAUCUAUCGCAAAGUCACCAGCGGCAUCAAACCCGCCAGCUUCAACAAGGUGACCGACCCGGAGGUGAAAGAGAUCAUCGAGGGCUGCAUCCGGCAGAACAAAUCCGAAAGGUUGUCCAUCAAAGACCUUUUGAACCACGCCUUCUUCGCGGAGGACACGGGGCUGCGGGUGGAGCUGGCGGAGGACGAUGACGGGCUGAGCUCUUCUCUGGCCUUGAGGCUUUGGGUGGAAGACCCCAAGAAGCUGAAGGGGAAGCACAAGGACAACGAAGCCAUUGAGUUCAGUUUCAACCUGGAGUCGGACGUCCCCGAGGAAGUGGCGUGCGAGAUGGUGAAAUCAGGAUUCUUCCACGAAAGCGACUCCAAAGCGGUGGCCAAGUCCAUCCGGGACCGUGUGGCCCUGAUCAAGAAGACCCGAGAGCGGCGGCAAGCCAGCUGCCUGGAGGAACAGCGGGAGGCCCAGUGCAAGGCAGCCGGUGGGGCCCUGCUGCCCCAGGGCGUCUCGCUGACCGGCCUGGCCCAGCCGGCGGGCGCGGAGUGGGAGGAGACGGAGGUGGACCAGCACGUCCGGCAGCAGCUGCUGCAGCAGACUCAGCACCAGUCGUCCGUGGCAGCUGAGAGCCUGUCGGAGAAGAGCGUUGGGUCGGUGAUUCUAUCGGAUGCCCCCAGACAGCACAGCCUGGCCUACUCGGAGCAGGCGAUGGGCGGCCUCCCGCAGGCCUCCAUCCUCCCACCAGUGGAAGCCGGCCUUCAGGGACAUCUCUACCCGUCGCAGCCGCUGAUGGGACACUAUCAGCAGAUUGCCGGGGUGCAGCAGCAGAACCUGGGCCACCCGCGGAUCUUACCCCCAGCUCUGCCCACCCACAGCUUAGCUCCGCCGGCAGCUCCCCAGCCCCAGGUCUCGCCUGUUGCGGUCCCGCAGCUCACGCAGAUGAUGCACCUCGAGUCGCAGCUGCCCUACGGGGCCGAGGGGCAGGCGCUGGAGCCGUCGGUCAUGGCGGUGCCCCAGGCCAUCCUGGCAGGUGCCUCUCCCCAGGCCAUGCCGGGGGCCAGCACCCAGCUGGACUCCACCACCAGGACCGGGAGUCAGACGGCCACCACCGCUGCAGCCGAGGUCGACCCGGCGUCUGGCUUCCUGGCCCUCGCUCACAGCCUGGCACCGCAGAACCAGCCCUCGGCCCAGUUUGUUGGGAAUGUGCAGGGGAUGGCCCAACACCUGCCUGCUUCCUUGGCUGGGCAGCCCCAGCAAAUUCCUCAGCAAACUGUACCCACCCAGCAGAUCCCAGCCAUGCAGCAACGGCAGCAGGUUCCUGGCAUGCAGCAGUCCCAGCGGGUGGUGUCCAUGCAGCAACCGCAGCAAAUUCCUCAACAGACUACACCGAUGCAGCAGGUUCCCGCCAUGCAGCAGGUUGCAUCGAUGCAGCAGGUUCCUGGCAUGCCGCAGCAGGUUGCACCGAUGCAGCAACCCCAGCCAAUUGCGCCCAUGCAGCAGCCCACGCAGGUUCCCGCCAUGCAACAGCCGCAGCAGAUGGUGCCCAUGCAGCAGGUUCCCGCCAUGCAACAGCCGCAGCAGGUGGUGCCCAUGCAGCAGCUGCAGCAAAUUCCUCAACAGACGGUGCCCAUGCAGCAGGUUCCCGCCAUGCAGCCGCCCCAGCAGUAUGCCGUAAUUCAGCCAGACUCCUUACUGCAGCCUUCCCCGGCCCAGCCAGUGCAGCCCAUGCAGCUGCAGCCGCCGCAGUUUGUGCUGCACGGGGGAGCCCUAGAGCAGACGCAGGGGCUACUGGCGCAGGAGCCGGAGCAGCAGGUGGAAAGUGUGUGUCCUGUCCCGGCCCCGGAGCAGCUGGCUUACCCGCUGCAGGCCCCGUACCAGCUGCAGCCGGCAGAGCCAGUGGUGUACGCGUACCCGGGGCAGCCUCCGUUCCGGGCGGAGCCGGUGACGUUUCUGAGCCAGCUGGCAGAUCUGCAGCAGCCAGCCUUCCCGCCGUCUCCCGGGGCGCUGAGCCAGGAGGCCAGCAGCGAGCAGAUGCCCCCGGCGCUCUCCCAGCAGAACGGCAGUGGCUUGGGGCACGCCCUGGCACAAGGGCCAGGUGAUGGGCAACAAGCAGCGCUGCCGCCGGUCCCGUUCCUCCCGCCGCAGCCCUCGGCUUUUGCGCCUCCCCCGAUGCAGCCGGCUCCUCUCCAGCCACAGCCGCUCCUGGCCACGGUCCCUGCCUUGCUCCAGACCCUGUCGGCCAGGCCGGAGCAGCUGCAGCCGCCCUCCUCGGAACAAGCCUAUGGAGCGCAGCAGCCAGCGGUGCAGAUCCCCGAGCAGCCAGCCUACGUCCUGUUAGCGGCAGAGUCGGGGGCGUACCAGAGUCCGGCGGCCAGCCCCCUGCUCACCGCCUCCCCGCAGCCCGCCCUGAGCCCCCAGCCGCACCAACAGCACAGGCCGGGGCUGGAGCAGGUUUCCCAGCCUGCCUUGGGGCCGGAGCCCCAGAUCGCUGCUCCAAAGCCAGACUUCCCGCAAGGGCUAAAUCCGGAGCUGGCCGCUCUGAAGGAAAGCUCCAACGCACACGAGCCCACGAGCGGCAACGGCAAACAAGACAGGAGUAAACAGAGGCGGGCGUCCUGCCCCCGGCCGGACAAAGGGACCAAAUUCCAGCUCACAGUCCUGCAGGUGUCCACGGCUGGGGAUAACAUGGUCGAGUGCCAGCUGGAGACCCACAAUAACAAGAUGGUCACCUUCAAGUUUGAUGCCGAUGGAGACGCGCCUGAGGAUAUUGCUGAUUACAUGGUGGAAGAUAACUUUGUGCUGGAGAGCGAGAAGGAGAAGUUUGUGGAGGAGCUGAGAGCCAUCGUGUGCCAAGCUCAGGAGAUCCUCCGAAGCCUGCCGGUGGAAGAGCGAGCAUCUGGCAACGAUUCCGUUCCCUCCGAGUCCAACAGCAGCCAAACAGGGUCGUCCGAGCAAGUUCAGAUAAACCCUGCCUCUGCUCAGACCGGCAACGAGUGCGCUCCUCAGUCCUCUCCAGUCGGCCGCUGGCGAUUCUGCAUCAAUCAGACAAUAAGGAACAGAGAGGGGCAGACGCCGGCUGUUCCCGUUACAGGUCCGGACAAGGAGAACGCUAAGGAGACGUGUCCCCAGGGUGAGUCACUGGCUGCUGAGAGCCAGGGUCCCAACGCCAGCCCAAAGGACAGCGCGGCACCGGAGUGCCCCGGCUUGAAAUGUGAGGGGCUGGCGGAAGGAGAUGCAGAGAAGCUAGUGCCUCUCACUGCCAAUGACAACUGGGCUGGGCCGGAGACGGGAGAGCCCCCUGCCCCACAGCCUGGCGACUGCCCUCUCGGCUUGGCGGUGGCGCCCGCUGGCGAGCCACCCCUCCUGACCGAGGACCCAGCGUCCGAGCGCCAGUCCCAGCACACUCCACAAGAAGGAGAUGCCUCUCCGAGCUCCAAGGCCGGGCAGGCCCAGACGCCCGGCUCGGAACCGGCCCCGCUGCCUCCCUCGGUGCCAGAAUCUGACGGCGAGGGGCCGCCCAAGAUGGAUUUUGUCGACAACCGAAUCAAAACCCUGGACGAGAAGCUAAGGACGCUGCUCUACCAAGAGCACAGCUACUCCGAGAGCCAGAAGGACACGCAGAGCACGGAGUCCCCACUCUCCUCGGCCGAGGAUACGCUGUCCUGUGCCGGGCUGGAAGUGCCAGCCGUCGGACCCUCCCUAGGAGCGCCAGGGAGCCCGGCGGAGUCCCAGGGGACCGACACCUCCGAGGGGUCUCCACUGCCCCCCCCCGAGCCUGCCAGCCAGCCCGCCGGCUCGCCCGCGCUGAGCCAGGACCCCGACGUCAUCACAGUCGCACCCAGGGAACUCUGUCUGCAUGAGCCGUCCCCGGAGCCUUCCUCCCCGCCGAACCCCGAGGCCUGCCCUGCUGCGGUGGCCAGCGUCGGAGCCGUUCAUCUGCAGACAGGAGCGGAGGCAGAGGAGACGAGGACAGAGGGGCCUGCCGAACAGGCCGGGCAGAACGAAGCCAGUGGGAGAUGGAGAUCGGCUUCGAUGUCCUAUCAGCGAGGCCGCUUCCAGGUCACCGCUGUGCCACAGCAGCCAGCUCCCCGCGCAGCAGACGCCGGGCCUGACGCCGCUGGGGCGGAGGAGCGUCAGACGGACGAUCCAGGCACCCCCCCACCGGGAGAGUCACUCCCAUGGGCCAGCCCGGCCUGUGACACAGACACCUCUUCCCUCACCCCGGAGCGGGAGCCGGAAGAGCUGUCGGCCACGGGAAGCAGCACGGAGCCAUGGGCCGAGGGGCCCGUCCGGAGGCAGGCCAGCUCCGAUAGCGAGCUGGGCCCUGAGGAGUCGGGGGAGACCCUGGGGUCCGGCAGGGAGCGGCGCCCCCCGGCGCCCGAGGACCGCGCCUGCCACGGGGCCAAGCGCCGUAGCUCCCUCUUCCUCUCGGCCUCCUCGCCCAUGAGCAGCGACGACGAGUCCGAGCUCGAGGACGAGGACCUGAAGGUGGAGCUGCAGCGGCUGCGGGAGAAACACGUCCAGGAGGUGGUGACGCUCCAGGCCCAGCAGAGCCGGGAGCUGCAGGAGCUGUACAAACGCCUGCAUGCCCUCAAAGACAGCAAGCCCGAGCUGUCGGAGCUAUCCCUGCAGCCCGCCUCCCCCCGCCGGCCUCGCUCCUUCAAAAGCAAACUGCGCGUCCGGCCCCCGGUCCUGACGCACGCCGAGAACUGUAUCGUCACCACCGAGUGCUGCUGCACGACCACCGCCGCCUCCAUGAUUGACUAUCACCUGAGCAUCCAGGCCCGCCUGCUGCAUCAGAGCUGCGCCCCGGGGGAGCCCAGCCCAGAGCAGCUGUGCGUCGUCAGCGGCGCCACCUCCUGCCAGCAGUCCCCGGUCAGCAAGAAGGGGAUGUUCACCGACGACCUGCACAAGCUGGUGGACGACUGGACUAAGGAGGCCGUCGGGAACGCGCUUCUGAAACCCAGCCUGAACCAGAUCAAACAGAACCAGCACCGGCUGGAUGGGGACAGCUGGAGCAAAGCCUGUGAGAACACAUCGGCAUCGGUGGGCUACAGCUCCACCUGGAUUUCCUCCCUCUCCCAGAUCCGCGGGACUGUGCCGGCCUCCUUGCCCCCCGGCCUGGCCCUCCCGGCUUUCCCCAGUGUCCUGCCGCCCUAUGGAGUGCCCCACGCCUGCCAGUACAAUGCCAUGGCAGGGGCGGCGUACCCAGUGCAGUGGGGGGGCGUUUCGGGGCUGGCUCAGCAGUCGGUGGUCGUCCCCUCCCCGCCCGUCGGACCCUUCCAGCCAGGGGGCAGCAUGCUGGGAUUCCCGGCCUCCCCGGUCCCUAACCCAGCUACCAUCCCACCUGGUCCCAAAUGAAGCCGGAGCAGGGAGCUGGAGGCAAAACUCCCCUGUCGUGGCCUGCAAACCGUGUGGAGAUGCCCAGUCUGCCAGCGGAGGUGAUUUGGCUCGGCUAACAAUGGCUUGUGGCACGGUUCCUAUCCUCCCGGAAUACUUGAUUUGAUUUGCAUUUUGUAACCAGCUUUGGAGAGCUCGGCUCCUGCGUCUCAUGCCCCCGAGACGUGAUGGCUUCGAAAAGAAACCUCCAUUUCACCCCUCUCUGGCGGAGAAGCUGUCCGCCUGCAUCUUCUCAAUGGCAGCCGUGAUGGUGGGGAGGAGUUUCUGAUUUGGUUUUUAAGUUAGUUGAUGGAAAAAGUGCUCCUAGAACUCACGUUGGUUUGAGCCGCGGCCGGGAAGUUUAGAAAGAAAAAAUGUUUUGCUCAGUGCAGCUAGGUUCUGCCGAGUUCUAAAGAGCCUCCUUCCAAGCCUGAGCCAGGGGGAUUGGGGUUUCCUUGAUCUCACCAAUACUGUCGCUGGGUCGGGAACAUCCUUGACCAAUUCAGGGCAGCUCCGUGCAAAGCAUCUAUUUCCUUGUUCCUCGUACGCACACUUCUUUGAUUUGAGCAGCUGAGAGAUGCUUGGGGAGUUGUGUGUUUCCUGUUGAAAUGAGCUCUGGUUUGGUUAUUUUUGCAGAGUGGGGGGAGUUGCUGGGAGGGGGUUAUUUUAAAUCUCUUCCAAUCUCAGUCACCCAAUCUGGGGGACAGAUUUGGAGGUGCAAAAUUAGACACGGACACAGGGCUGUGCGCACCUCGAUGCUGCAGUGAAUUGGGCCCUACCCAAACCCUGUGCUUUUCCAGCCGCCCUCGUUUUGAAAAGCCAGCCUUUCGGAAGCACUGGCUCCCAAUGUUAUUCUGUCUUAGGCACAUUUGAAAAUACUGCCUCAAGGCCCAUUUUCGAAAGGGACUUUUCCGGAUUUUCAAAGGUAGAAGCAGUUUAGCGGCUUAACUCAUUGAUUUCAAUCGAAUUUAGCUGCCUAACCUGCUUUGUGACUGUGCCGGUAGGCGCCUGUUUGCAUCUUUACUCUCCUAAAUACCUUUGAAAAUCAGCUCCUAUGUCUCUUUUGAAAAUGGCCCUUCUGAAAAUUUCAUCCUGUGUCAUCCUGGCUUUGAUCUAAUAGCUCAUAUCUGGCCCCUUUUGGGCUCUGAACUAUUAAGCCCAGCAACCCGAACAACAUCGGGGUCCCGCACACACUCGACUUGGCUCUAUGAUUUGGAGAACAUUCAAAGCCGCUCACUUUCAGUGGGUUUGUUUCUUUUCACUAUUCUUUCCCUUUGCAGCCGGCCUCCGAGGCCGGGGGUUGUAGAUGAGCACGUCCCGAUGGCUGCCCUGCUGUGCUAUGCUAGGAGGGAGCUUUCACAGCAAGAGACUAGUUGAGGCUAAUGGAGAUUUUGGUUUACGUGAAGUGCAGCAAAUCCCGUUUCUCCCUCUCACCUGAUGGGCUCGCUGACUCCGGCGCCCAGCUUGGCUUCAAUUCCUUGUCGUCUUCGCCAGGAUUUUAGCACGUGGGGUUGGGUUAGAUUUGUGGUAGGAACAGGGACUUCAAAUCAUUUGCCAAAAUGCAUCCCGACUCCCCUCGGCGUUGCUGUCUCGUGGCCUUUUCUGCCUCCUGAGUUUCAAACAGACAUUUCUUUGCCAGGUGGCUUUCGAGUCCGUUGGGCCCUUUGUCAGAUAGGAACUUUUCAGGCGUGCCAAAUGCUUCUGCUCCACCCUGAAAACCCCGCUUAGAACAGCAUUAGACAUGGACCCAGGUAGGGGUGCGAACCCGGUCCCAUUAGAUGCCUCCCCCCACCCCGUCUGCCCGCAGCCACUUGCAUUGCCUUAUAUCUGCUGUCUCCUAGGAUUUGGGUCAGAGUUUUACUGGGAGGAGCGCGCACCCGAGGGUGACUUGACACCAGUGGGUUUAACUUUUUUAUAGUGAACACGUGCGGAAAACAAACCCACCCGCAGAUAGCGAGCGGAGUUUGUGAAGACCCGAGAACAGCGUUUCUCAUCUCACUGGGGGUUUUUUAAGACGUUUCAGUUGUUUCUUGGCUGGUUGUGUUCACUCCGUUAAAAACAACACUCAAACGGCGCAGGCACUUGGACUACGAAGUCUGGUUUUGUUUUCCCUUUGGAGGAGAAUGGGAGGUGCUUGGCCUUAGUUUUCUUCCUUUCCCCAAAGCACAGAUCUACGAAACAGCCAUUGGUUUUCCGUCGGGAGGGGAAAUCAAGGGCUUGUCUGCCCUUGCAAGGCUGCAGCAGGAGGGAUUUUCUGUAGACCCAGGCCUAAGACUCUGGGACCUGAUUGUAAUUGACACCAAAACCGGACAGAAAUCCGAGCGCUAUGCAGGCAGAGUGAAAGCACACCGUCGCGUGCGUCUGUUGGUACGCCUGUUCCCUUGUAGGAAGAGGAGACCUGUGUCUACAGGAGGGGUGGGACUGGUAUCGAAUCUGUAACUGACACAGGUAGAGUGAAAGCACACCGUCGCAUGCGUCUGUUGGUACGCCUGUUCCCUUGUAGGAAGAGGAGACCUGUGUCUACAGGAGGGGUGGGACUGGUAUCGUAUCUGUAACUGACACAGGUAGAGUGGUAUAAAAUCAGGUCCGGAGGAUGCUUUGGGCUUUGACCCUGCUAAUUUCUGCGCGCUCUGGCCCUGAUCUAGCAAAGCACAAGUUGAAGUGUGUGAGUAAUCAGGGACAGGAACAGUUAAUUGGGAAGAGCCCAUGCACAGACAAACCCUUAGUGACACGGGGAAUCUAGCUUUGAUUCAGGAAGGGUUUAAACAGCAGCAGGGGAGGGUGUCCUAGAUCAGGGCCCGACAGCAGAAAUGACUGCCGUUAGACUGGGAAAACACCUAUGUCUGUAUGGACCAGUCACUUGUGUCUGUUUCCUAGGGCAAACUACAAGUCCUUGGAAGACUGCAGUCCCUCCAGAUGUAUCCUCCCUAUCCUGACGUGUCUGAGCAGCACGCUAGACAUAGACGCUGUGAAUCUGAUAACAAACCAAACCACGCCCCCACCCCCCAAAAGAGUCGGUAGCAGCGUUCGGUCUGUAUUUAACGGUUCAGAUUUUCGUUUGCUGUAAUGUAACAAGGAGCUCUCCGGGCCCCACGUGGCAUUUUUAGUUUCUAUCCAGCAUGAAGGAUUUGAAGGUGAUAAAUGUGAAUUUUUUUUUUUAGAAACUUUUUAUUUUCCUGCUGUGACUCUUUCAGGUGGAAGUGUACUGGGGUCGUCAUCCACUGUAACGAAUGUAUCAUUUUAAUAGGCUGGUUUGGGAGACAGUCUGCUGAACCUGGCGCUUUUUACGUUUGCUCUUGGUUUUAUCUACCUCAUUUAUUUUUUUUUAGUGCUGUUUGAAUCCAGCCUCCGAUUUCCCGAUGUUGCUUUAUUUCCACCCCUUGUCUUAUGGAUUCAAAGUGACAUUUGAUCUUCCGUUUUCUAAGUUAAUUAUUUGUGUAGCGAUCGCAUUUGCUCUCUUGAGUGGCAGAUCCCCCCCCUGAAUUCAGCUGGAUGAAUGAAAAUACGAUUUAGUGCACAGUUGACCUGGGAUCUUUGGUGAAGCAUGUGAAAGCUGGAGCGCCGAUCCGCCUUUCAGUAGCAACGAUUUGAAAUGCUUGUUUUGGCAACAGAAACAACCCUCAUGAAUUAUUUGUGUCCCCAAUUAAGCCAUCAAAAUAAGCCAAGCCACUGGCAUUGUUCCGCGGGGCGUGAUUUUUAACGUCCCUUUAAGGUGUUUUAUUUAAAAGUCGUUAAAAUGAUGCAUUCUGGGCUGUUUCGUUUCUGAAACCCAGCAGUCUGUCUGUCCUUCAUUUUACACGUUCUUACUCUGUAAAGGUGAAAUGUUUGGUGAAAACUAUGUUAACCUGAAAUACAUUUGGAUUUUCGUUUUUUAA